CGCAGCCAUCAGAGAAAGAGAGAGUGCACCACCAACUUUCUAAAAGGAAGUGAGUUACACAUAUAAAUUCUCAUAAAGAGACAGUCAGCCUGAACAUCACCAUCACCUGAAGGACUGAACUCUGAGGCACAAUGUCGGACUUUGAUUUAGCUGAUGCGCUGGACUGCUCACCUGAAAUCAGACGUCCCCCCAGUGGUACAGAGCAGGAUGUGGAGCGUGAAGUGAAGCUCAGCGAAGACCUGAACCUGAUGGUCACCAGCAACAGGAUGACCAUGAAGAGUGUAGCCAACCUGGUGCUGGCCGUGAACAAGCUGAGCAAGUCCCUGUCUCUGUGUGGCAGAGACCUCAGCGAUGUGGAGCUCUGCGGCGCCAUCAUGGACUGCGUGGUGGAAGAAACCAUUUUCCAGGAAGGAUGGAGCAACUCCUCAGGAACGAGGAAGCCAGUCUUCCAGCGGUGCAGCAGUGUUCAUAAGUUCACAGUGAGCGACGAGUACCAGAAAGAUUUCAUCUUGACAACAGGAGAGAUGAAGCUGCAGGCCAUCACUCUGAGAGCCGGAAACGGUGAUCGCAAAGUGAACUUUGAGAUGUGCCACUACAGGCCGCCCUGCAGCUCCAGCAUACGUUCUUUGACGGUUCUGUUAUCCGUCUCUGAGAACUUGCACAUUUCUUGCUCCAUGGAAGAUGGGAAAGUUUCACUGGAAUUGGAGCAAUACAGACAUGAGUCUCUGACAGAGAUCAACCAGGAAGACGGCUUGGACCGCUUUCUCUUCAUCAAGAACACCCCCCCUGGUGGCUCCCUGGUCAGCUUUGAGUCGGUGAAGUUCCGCGGUUGGUUCAUCAGCACUUCCUCUGUGGAAAUCGACCACUCAGUGGAGAUGUGCCAGGCGGCCACCGCCUCCAGGGUCACCUGCUUCAAAGUCUUCUAAAAAUGCAACUAAAGAAAAAGAUAAUUCAAGCUAUUUGUAUUUCUUUGCUUUACCACUAGAUGGAGCAAUAAUCUACUUAUUUCCUGAGGUUGCGGUAAAGUGGCAUUUUGAGUUUUAAGGACAAAAAAAUCACUUGUAUAGUAUUCUCUGUUUUGCUUAGUUUGAAAUAAUGUAAGAGGAUAUUCCUAAAAAUAAUUGAUGUAAUGCUUUUUUUUAGCAUUUGGUCUC